AUGGUUGCUCACAUCACCGUAAAUAGUCUCGAUACCUUGCCAAACGAGCUCGCACUCUAUGUGCUGCAUAUUCAGGACCGGGUUCUUGCUAAAAAGGACCGGUUUGACGUUGCAAUUUCCGGUGGAUCGCUUGCAAAGACAAUGGCUGAGGGCCUGGUCGGCAACCCGCACGCCAGGCUGUCCAAGUGGAACAUCUGGCUUGCGGACGAGCGCAUUGUCAAGAACGACCAUGCGGAUUCCAAUUUCGGUGUCUUUGAGAAGGAGUUCCUGUCCAAGCUUCCUGAAAACGAGCGUCCCGUGUGCUUCUCGCUGAACGACACCGACUUCGAUGUGGCCUCCACCCCCAGCGCUGAGUUCGCAAAGGACUACCAGGCCCGCCUCAUCAAGGAGCUGGGCCCCGACCCUGUUAUUGACCUCGUCUAUCUCGGCAUGGGUCCUGAUGGACACAAUUGCUCCCUGUUCCCGGGCCACAAGUUGCUGGAGGAGCGUGAGCUGUUUGUGUCUUCUCUCGACGACUCUCCCAAGCCCCCUCCCCGCCGCAUCACUCUCACCAAGCGGGCUCUGGCCAAUGCUGACCACUUGGUGUUUGUUACCAUUGGUUCGUCCAAGAACGAAGCCAUCAAAGGCGUUUUUGUCAAGAGAGACCCUGCCUUGCCUUCUUUCCAGGUCAACCAGCUCGCCAAAAACGAGGUUGUUUGGUUCUGCGACCACGAUGCUGUCGCUGGCGUGAACGUCCCUGAUAUCAACGCCAAGGUUUAA